AUGAAGAUAUUUACAAUGUUCAAUCCAUUAUCAACAACAACAACAAUAAUUCCACUACGGAAAAAGACUGCACUAUUAAAAAAUAAUUCUCAAAAUGAUAGAAAUAUUCAUUUCCAUUUAAUAACAUUUCCUAAUGGAAUUUCUGUUGAAGAAUAUGGAUUACCCAUAAUUAAAACUUUACAAGAUAUUGAAAAUUUACCUAAAUUUGAAGUCAUUAGAUAUUUACAAGGAUUUGAUAUUGAAUAUAAUAAUAAUAAUGUUUUACUGGAGAUUCAUUUACGAAAUUUAUUGAAAGAUCGAUUAAUUAUUGAAAUGAAUUAUUUGAAUGGUGGUGUUAAAAAGACAAAGUGGUCCAAAGCAAAAAAAUUAAAGCAUUAA